CACGAAUGAGUAAGACUACAAGCUUCAUCUCAAUUAUUAUUCCUCAGCUUGGGGUCGGAGGUUGUCUAUAAGAAGACAUCACUUCCAAAUUUUCUUAGCUCAUCUCAAUCUCAUCUAUCAAGACUCAUAGGUUCCUAUAUCUUACACAAAAAAACUACAGGACAUAAAACCUCAAUUAAUUACACAUAGAGAUUCACUCAGAAUGGGGAAAGAUCUUUGCUCAGAACUUAGCCUCUUUAUGGCAAAGAUUAAACCAUACUUGGCAAUGGUGUCACUCCAGUUUGGAUAUGCUGGGAUGUACAUAAUCACCAUGAUUUGCCUCAAACGCGGAAUGAGCCAUUGGAUCCUUGUUGUUUAUCGUCACGCCGUGGCAUUUGUUGCCGUUGCCCCUUUUGCUCUUAUUAUUGACAGGAAAACAAGGCCGAAAAUGACACUCCGGGUAUUUCUCAAGAUCAUAGCACUUGGAAUUCUUGAACCUGUGAUAGACCAAAACUUGUACUACGUGGGGCUGAAAAGUACAACCGCAACUUACGCAUCUGCUUUCGUCAACGUUUUGCCAGCUAUUACCUUUAUCCUUGCAGUCAUUUUCAGGCUGGAAAAGGUGAACCUAAAAAGAGUUUCGAGCAUGGCAAAACUGAUCGGAACAGCAAUAACAGUGGGUGGGGCCAUGGUGAUGACUUUGUACAAGGGACCCGCAAUUGCUCUGGUUCCCCACUCCGCGCAUAUCGGAAGUCACCACGAUGAAGCUGCCGGAGCCGCCGGCGUUCAGCAUUGGGUCACCGGCACCAUCUGUCUCCUUUCCUGUAUUGUUGGCUGGGCUGGCUUCUUUAUAGUUCAAUCAAUGACAUUGAGUGAGUACCCAGCCGAGCUCUCAUUGGCUGCAUGGGUGUGUCUUAUGGGCAUUGUUGAAGGAGGAGUUGUGGCCCUCGUUAUGGAACGUGACAUGAGUGCUUGGGUUAUCGGCUUUGAUUCAAGGCUCUUAGCUGCUGCUUAUUCCGGAGUGGUUUGUUCAGGAAUAGCAUACUAUGUGCAAAGUGUGGUAAACAGAAAGCGUGGGCCUGUUUUUGUGACUGCCUUUAGUCCAUUAAGCAUGGUCAUCACUGCCAUUCUUGCUGCCAUCAUCUUGGCUGAAAACGUCCAUUUGGGAAGUUUGAUUGGAGCAUUUAUCAUAGUAAUUGGUCUCUACUCUGUGGUGUGGGGUAAAAGCAAGGAUCAAACAGAUGAUAAAGUGAAAUUGCAAGAACUGCCCAUUAUUAUUGAAAGAGAAACGACCCAAUAGAUCUUUCGAUUGCCACAUCCAAAUCUAAGAUACCAAAGAAGAUUUCACAAGAUACUUAUUUGAUUUGGAGGGUUAUUAGUGUUAACUAAGAAAAUAUGCAAUUCCAACUUGUGAUAUCUUAUCAUAAAGUUUUGAUGUUUCUAUGUAACGUAAUCUUGUUCUCCCUGAUAUGUGUCUUAAAUGGCUGAUGAGCUAGAGGACAUUUCUUUGAACUAUCAAAGCAAUGCUAUGUAUGUAUGCAUUGAUACAGUUUCCAUAAAUACUAUCACUUGAGAUCUUCUUGUCUCUUAUUACUCUAAUUAAGCUAUGUAUAUAAAUGAAGCAAAGAUAAUGAUGAUUAAGCUAUUGAUAGUAC